GUUCUCUUUAAAUCCAAAAGCGCGUGGUCUUGUGAUGGUGACAUCACCCCGCAGAGUUUUGACCAGUCAUCUCUUCUACCCAGCCUAUGGCCUUGGUGGUCUGCACUGUUUUGCUUAUCACAAUCCUUAAGCCACUGCGAGAAACUUAUCAGGAGUCAGCGAAAGUUAUCUGAUUCCAAUUCACACGAGAAAAUAACAGGUGGAGCUCCACACCGCCACCACCCAAUGGCCUCUCCCGCCUCCACUCCCGCAACCUCCACUAGCCGCUCAACUCGCUCCACCGCUAGACGAAACACCGGCACCUCGUCCCCUAGCGGCAUCAGCCCUACCCGCCUGUCACGGGUCCAGGAGAAGGAAGAGCUCAGCCAUCUCAACGACCGACUUGCUGCAUACAUAGAGCGCGUCCGCCAACUGGAAAAUGGACAAGUCAUCCCAUGCUGCUGCCUGCUGGAGGAGAAAGAAGAGGAGUCUAAGCCGAGGAGAAUGGGCAACGUCCGUCGGCUGUAUGAGGAGGAGUUGGCCGAUGUCCGGAUGAGCCUGGAUGCGCUGGCGAGCGAGAGGGCCAGGCUGCAAAUUGAUUAUAGUCAUAUUGUAGAAGACCACCGCAAACUACAAGCCAGGAACCAGAAGAAGGAGUGUGAUCUGGGUAGUGCAGUGUCUCAGUGGAGGAACCUGGAGACGGCCCUGAACUCUAAAGAUGCAGAGUGUGCCAACCUGCUGGUGGAGAACAGGAGACUGGAGAAAGAUCUGUCCGAGCACAGGUCCCAUCUGGCCAGUUUGGAGUCUUCCCUGCUGGACACAAAGACCCAGCUGAACACUGAGAUGCUGAGGAGGGUGGAUGUGGAGAACCAGCUGCAAACUGUCAGAGAACAACUCAACUUCCAGAAACACAUCCGUGAACAGGAGGUGGAGGAAGUCCGAAGCAGGCAUGAUCGCAUGAUGGAGGUGGACUCUGGGAGGCAGAGGGAGUUUGAGAGCAAACUGUCUGAGGCCAUGCAACAACUACGGCAAGAACACGAGGGACAAAUAGUGCAGUAUAAGGAGGAACUGGAGAAAACCUACAAUGCCAAGCUAGAGAACGCCAAGCAGAGCGCUGUGAAGAACGGCGAGGUGGCAUCCUCCACCAGAGAAGAACUCUUAGGAACCAAACUGAGGAUCGACACGUUGACUUCCCAGCUCAUUCACUUCCAGAAACAGGUAGUGAAAACGGGGCCCCUGGAGAGCCGUGUGUGUGAGCUGGAGAGGACGGUGGACCGGGAGCGUGAGCUGGGGCAUCAGAGGCUGAGCCAGAAGGACCUGGAGAUGGCCACCAUGAGGGAGCAGAUGCAGAGCCAGCUGGAGGACUAUGAGAACCUGCUGGAUGUCAAGCUGGCCCUGGACAUGGAGAUCAACGCUUACAGGAAGAUGCUGGAGGGGGAGGAGCAGAGACUGCACCUGUCUCCAAGCCCCUCCCAGCACGCGACUGUGUCACGCACACACUUGCACGGCGCCCGGAAGCUGAAGGGAAAGAAACGUAAACACGAAGGCCCUUCAGGGAGCUCACCUGCUUAUAAAGUGUCCCAGAAUGCAACGGCGCAUGGACAUGUGACAGUGGCUGAGAUCGAUCUGGAUGGAAGCUAUGUCGUGCUGAAGAACAAUUCAGACACACCACUAGGGGGCUGGGUGGUGAGGAGGAGCCACCCUGACUGUCCAGAGAUCUCCUUCCAGCUCCCCCCAGCCUACGUGCUGGGAGGAGGGCAGACCCUCACCAUCUGGGCCGCAGAGGCGGGUGUGGAAGCUAACCCCCCCAGUGACCUGGUUCUUAGGGAUCACAUGAGCUGGGGCCCAGUCUCUGAUGUCAGGGUGUGUUUGCUCAACGCCAACAACGAGGAGACAGCGGAGCGCAGGCUGGUGUGUGUGCAGGGGAGAGUGGAGGAGGAAUUCAACGUGGACUUUGAUGAGGAGUUUGUGACAGGCAGUGACAUUCACCCCCUCAGAAGACAGCCAAAGAGAAGAAAAAAGAAAUGUUGUUUGUUGUCUUGAGUGUCUGAGAGCAGCCACACGGCCUUCUGUAGGGUCAGGUGAGAACUGAUGAUCCUAGCUGUGCUGUCAUGUGACCUCACCCGUCUGCAAGCCCCCGUCCUCUAUCGCCCCUUCACUUCAGAAAUGGGAACGCCAGGUCUGACCGCCGCCGACCGAUCCUGACUCCCUCUGUCUCCCAGCAACCCCAGAGAGCUCAAGCCCCGUGAUUGUUUGUUAGAGAUGCCACCGAUGAGCUCUUCAACUCCAGUCCUGUCUGCUUUCAUGACACUAUGAUUUUAUGAGGGGUUGGACAGCUCAUUGCUUCCAGCAUGACUGAAGAGGGAGUACGAUGGAAUGAUACAUACAUUCUUCUCCUAAUUGCUCUUGUAUGGGUUAGCACUGGCACAACACUGGAACAGAGAAUGAAGAAUCAAGCAAGUUACGCGCUCAGUCUUUUUAAUUUAACAAUAUUUCAUCGCUUGAAGGUUUGCUGGAGGCUUUGGUAGCACUUACUGUUUUGCUUCUACGUGGACAAGAUGGUUCAUAUUCAUUUUAGUUCAAGGAGACUGAAGGCUUAUUUUUGGGGAGACUAAAGCAGGAGAUGUGCACACUGGGGCU